AUGGCGGGCCUCAGGACGCUGGCAGGAGCCCCAGCCCCAGCGGCUAGAGAGCCCGGGGACGCCGACAGCAGUGACCUCCAGAGCAAGCUCCUGGAGGAGCCCCUCCGCCACGCAGACUUCUUCAAUGUCAAGGAGCUGUUUUCCGUGAAGAGCCUCUUCGAUGCUCGCGUGCACCUGGGGCACAAAGCUGGCUGCCGGCACAGGUUCAUGGAGCCAUACAUCUUCGGGAGCCGCCUGGACCAGGACAUCAUUGACCUGGAGCAGACGGCUGCCCACCUCCAGCUGGCCUUGAACUUCACCGCUCAUGUGGCCUACCGCAAGGGCAUCAUCCUGUUCGUGAGCCGGAACCGGCAGUUCACACACCUGAUCGAGAACACAGCCCGCAACUGUGGCGAGUACGCCCACACCCGCUAUUUCAAGGGCGGCCUGCUGACCAACGCCCCCCUCCUCUUUGGGCCCACAGUCCGUCUGCCGGAUCUCAUCAUCUUUCUGCAUACACUCAACAAUGUCUUUGAGCCCCACGUGGCUGUGAGGGACGCAGCCAAGAUGAACAUCCCCACUGUCGGCAUCGUGGACACCAACUGCAACCCGUGCCUCAUCACCUACCCUGUACCGGGCAAUGAUGACUCCCCUGCAGCCGUCCACCUCUUCUGCAGACUCUUCCAGACGGCCAUCAAGCGGGCCAAGGAGAAGAGGAGGCAGAUGGAGGCCUUGUAUCGCCUGCAGGGCCUGGAGGGGACUGAGGAUGGAGGGAGGGCUGGGCCUGCUUCCAAGGCCGAUGUCCUCCGUUCCCUGUGAUGGGCCUCUGGGGCCCCCGCCUGGCCCGGGUCCCUGGGGAGUGCCUGGCGUGAGGCACUUGGAUCCCAGUCUCGGGUGAUGGCGCUGGGCUGCAUUCACAGGGUGUAGCUGAGCAGCCUCAGGCUGCUCUGCAGCUCUGUGCUAGGCAAAGCGUGUCCCUGGUGGCUGCUGGUUAUAGUUACAGACUUGAACCUGGCACCUUCUCUAGGAACACAGGCCUCUCCUCAAGAAAAGUCCCCCUCCUGUCUUGACAUUGGACUUUGUCAGGCUCGGCACAGGUUUUCUUCUCAAGCCUGGACAGGCUGGUUGCAGUGUUCUGUAAUGUGUUGCAGUACAAACCCUGGGGAGUGGCCAGCCGGGCUGGGCAGCCCGAGGAAAGCUAGGCAUUGGAGAACUUCA